AUGUGGCCCCUUCUACUAACAUGGGCCAUAAUUCUGAGCCAAAUUGGGCCACUUUUGACUUUCCAGUCGACAUGUUUGGUGGGUGACCAAAAUUUGGUCGAAUCAGAUCUAUUCACCCGUCCCCAUCUAACGUUGGCCGAACGCUCUAUGGAAUUAACCAUAGAGGUGUCCGAGCGCGCCACACAGCGUCUGAUCAGCGAAGUAUUCAAAAUAUUCCUAAAAGAAGUUCUGGGUUACCCGACUGUCAGAUUCACUACAUCUGGCAAUACUAAUUAUACGACUUUUCCAUUGGUCGAUCCUGAUUCGGCACUCAGGAGAAUCGAGAAUGGUCCUGAUGAUUAUCAAAGUUACAGUCGAGAAAGUAUGAUGAACCUCGAACUGUGGCUUUCCCCAACCUACGGAGCCGCACCAGCCCUGUCAAGGGUUAGAGACCAGGGCAACGUUUACCCUCCAGGAAGGGCCGGAUGGUUCAUAAUUGGUGACCCCAAUGUCACCAAUACGGUGACCCAUUGGGCGCAGUUUAGGAAACCGGAGAUUGGUCGGAUUUUCGAUUUGGACAAGGAGGAUUUGGCCACUCUGGGGUCAUUAUGUUCUGAAGAAUGUCUCAGGAGCAUGUACAAGCCCAAAAUCUGCUCUACAAAUUCCUGUGGAAUUAUUUUGGCACCUAGGUUCCAGGAUACAAAAUUCCUGCCGGCUCAGGUUGACGAAUUGGGCCUGAAAUUAAAAAUUUUGUGGUUAGGAGAAAACCUCAAUAAAGCUGUGAAACUAUUAAAAACAUCCCAAAGAACCCCUUCCAAUAUUUUAGUAUUUUAUUGGACACCCAGUGAAAUGAUUCUACCAGGAACACCAUCAAUAACUUUACCAUCUUGCGAACAGUAUUCAUCCCUCAUAAAUUCAAAUUGCAUUUACGAUCCAGCCAGAGUAGCAAAGUUUUCCUGGUCAGGGUUAUCAGCAAGGUCUCCACAUGCUGCAGCAGCUUUGCAAAACUUCAAAUUCUCCAGAGAAGACUUGAUGAAGCUUCUAAAAUCAUAUCAGCAUUUGAAAAACGCUGAACAAGCAGCCUGCGAUUGGAUGAGAACCGGAAAACAAAUCUGGUCGCAAUGGUUGGUGCACGAGGUCAACGUGGUGAAGGAAAAGAUAUACAUUGGAGGCAUUUUUCCUUUGUCUGGCAGCUCUUAUAAAGCAAGAGGUAUUGUAGUCGGUGCAGCAAUGGCCCAAGAAGCAAUUGGUAAAAACGCGACGAUUCUUCCCGAUUAUCAAUUGGAAAUUCUGGCAGCCGAUGGUCAAUGCAAGGCAGAUUUAGAGCUGAAGACUUUUAUAGACUACAUUGUGGAAAAACAUUACGAGCACUUGGUCGGAGUUUUAGGGCCAGCUUGUUCAGAUACCCUAGAAGCUUUAGCAGGGGUUUCUAAACACUAUAACACACUGGUCGUGUCUUAUAGUGCUGAAGGAGCCACGUUUUCUGACCGAGAAAAGUAUCCAUACUUCUUUCGUACAAUUGGUGAAAACAAGCAGUACGUCUACGUUUACCUAAAAUUGAUGCAACUUUUGGGUUGGCGUCGUGUUGCAUCUUUAACCGAAGAAGGACAAAAAUAUUCAGAGUAUAUACCUCAUCUAGAACAAACUUUGCAGGAAAACAAUGUGCAGCUUAUAGCAAAUGCCAAGUUUCCAAAAGAACGUGAACAUUCUGCAAUGACUAGGUAUCUACUGGACUUGCAAAAACGUAGAGCCAAAAUUAUAAUAGCCGAUGUCUACGAUCCAGUAGCAAGAGCAAUUAUGUGCGAAUCUUUAAGACUUGGCAUGACUGCCAAAGAUGGUUAUGUCUGGUUUUUGCCAACCUGGUUGACCACCGGCUGGUGGAACACAACUUUGCAUAAUGGAAAUAAAGAAAACAUAUCUUGCACUGAAGAAGAAAUGCUGGAGGCUAUAGAAGGUCAUCUGUCCCUCACCCAUGCCUUUUUUGCUCCCGAUGAUCAAAUAAUGCAAGAAGGCAGGACUGUUGGUGAGUGGCGAAGGGCCUACCAGGCCAGAUGUGCCCGAAGGAGAGUCCAGGAAAGUGUUUAUGCAGGUUAUGUCUACGAUGCUGUUUGGACAUAUGCUUUGGCCUUGCACGAGUUGACCAGAAAGAACCCGAUGGCUAUUGCGCAGAUGCACUCAUUGAACACAACAAGUCAAUUGAUGGAGAUAAUCGAGAAAACGGAUUUCAAUGGUGUUUCUGGAAGGAUUAAGUUCUAUGGUGGUCCAUCCAGGUUUUCAGUUGUGCACAUCAUGCAGUGGCAAAAGAAUCAGUCAAAGUUAAUUGGAUCGUUUCAUCCGAAUAUCACGGAAGAUACUGCGCAGGUGACUGGUGGUGUUCUAAAUCUAGACGAAUCGUCCCUAAUCUGGCCCUCGGGCCAGAUCCCAAGUGACGGCGGAAGCGACGAUGAAGACUUUUUGGAAAGAUCUUGUGCCUUUGCAGGGCUCGCCAGAGCCUUAGGCUGGGGUUGCAAUAAAACCAUCGUUUUGGUCAACGUGAUUAUUUUUGGAAUUGCCGGAAUUAUUAUCGGAGGAGCUUUGUUCUUCAUUAGAAAACGGUAUGAAGAGAAGUUGAAGAAGUCUCAGAAGUACAUGAAGAAUUAUGGUUUGGAUCUUUUGAACAUCGGUGGUUUGGACAAAUGGGAGAUGGCAAGGGAUCGUGUAGUCAUCAACAGGAAACUCGGCGAGGGUGCUUUUGGUAUGGUUUACGGCGGUGAAGCCCAUUUUGAGGACGGUUGGGCAGCUGUCGCCGUUAAAACUCUAAAAAUCGGUUCAGACACCGAAGAAAAACUAGACUUUCUAUCCGAAGCAGAAUCGAUGAAACGAUUUGAUCACAAGAACAUUGUCAAGCUGUUGGGUGUGUGCACUACUAAUGAGCCUGUGUACACUAUUAUGGAAUUUAUGCUUUAUGGAGACUUGAAGACUUAUCUUUUGGCCAGAAGGCAUUUGGUGAACGACAAGAGCAUGGAUGCUGAUGAAAUUUCUAGCAAGAGGUUGACCCAAAUGGCUUUAGAUGUCGCGAGUGCCCUAAGUUAUUUGGCAGAAAUGAAAUACGUGCACAGGGAUGUCGCAUGCAGAAAUUGUCUGGUAAAUGCUCAACGUGUGGUAAAACUUGGCGACUUUGGUAUGACCAGAAGAAUUUGCGAGAAGGAGUACUAUAAAUUCCUCAGACGAGGUAUGUUACCAGUUCGUUGGAUGGCUCCUGAGAGCCUCGGAGACGGUGUUUUCACAACAGCCUCCGACGUUUGGUCAUACGGAGUCCUUCUUUACGAAAUCGUGACAUUCGGCAGUUUUCCUUUUCAAGGAAUGUCUAACAACCAGGUUUUGGAGCACGUCAAAAAAGGCAACACUUUAAAAAUACCACAAGGAAUCAAACCACAAUUGCAAGGUCUAAUAAAAUCCUGCUGGAACCUAGAUCAUCGCACUCGUCCCCAGGCAUCAGCAAUAGUAGAUUUCCUGGCAGGUUCGCCCAGGUUACUGCAUCCUUGUCUGGAUGUGCCUUUAGCUUCUGUGCAGACUGGUGAUAUAUCAAGUGAUCUGAUUCAACAACGUCCGCCAAAUGUUAUCGAAAGAUGUUCUCCGAAUAUGAUGGACAAAUUAGGCCAGCAACCGAAUCUUAUUGAUAAUUGUCCACAAGUUGUGGUCGAGGAUGUUGAUGAUCCUACGCCUUAUAGCACUGCUGUUUUGACGCCUCUUAUACCGCGGAUACCGCGGUAUAAUGUGAACUCUGGGGAUUGUGGGGCGAAGUUUUCGCCCAUGAAGUGUGAUGUGGGGUAGUAAAUGACGAGGGAUUUUAUAGAGUUAUGUGGUCGAAGAUGUUGAUGAUUCUACGUUUUGACGCCUCUUAUACCGCGGAUACCGCGGUAUAAUGUGAACUCUGCGGAUUGUGGGGGGAAGUUCUCGCCCAUGAAUUGUGAUGUGGGGUAAAAGGUGACGAGGGAUUUUAUAGAAUUAUAUUAUGGUCGAAGAUGUUGAUCAUCCUACGCCUUAUAGCACUGCUGUUUUGACGCCUCUUAUACCGCGGAUACCGCGGUAUAAUGUGAACUCUGCGGAUUGUGGGGGGAAGUUUUCGCCCAUGAAGUGUGAUGUGGGGUAGUAAAUGACGAGGGAUCUUGUGAUUAAUUUUUUAGUGAAAAAGUGAAUAGGUGGUCUAAUAAUGUUCUAUUUUAGAUCAUGUUUAAUUUUAGAUUAAGGGGGUAUUCUAG